CACGCAUCUCGCGGCUCUAUUCGAACCCCGAACCCGUGUUGUAUAAUAUUGAAAAAAAAAAACCUAUACAGUGUGAAAAUGAGUUGGGGCCCUGAUCAUGAUCGACCUUGCGCUACGCUGGAAAUCAACGAGGCGGUGGGAAAGCUGCUUCAGACUUUCAAUUAUGAAACUAUUGUGCCGCAGCCUUCCAGAGGCGGCGGCUACAACCGGCGGCAGCACGUGAAACGGCCGAUGAACGCGUUCAUGGUGUUCGCGCAGGCCAUGCGCCGGCGGCUGUCCGAGCAGCGGCCCUCGCUGCACAACGCCGAGCUCAGCAAGUCGCUCGGCUCUAUGUGGAAGAGUCUGAGCGAAGACCAAAAGUUGCCAUUCGUGAAGGAAGCUGACAAACUGAAGACGCAACACAAGAUAGAAUACCCUGACUACAAGUAUCAUCCGAGGCGUAGGAAGCCUCCACCGGCGGCGCCACCGCGACUAAAGCGCGAACCUUCAUUGGAACGAUCACAAAUAGACUUUUCUAGAAUAGAAGUAGACGGAGGUUUAUUAGAGGACGGGCCGCCCGACGGUGCGGAGUUGGAUCAGUACCUGAAACCUACGCAUGCCUCACACUCGGCGGAAUACCACGAGCUCCAGCCGCCGCGUUACGUCACUCACACCCACCACGCCUCCGCCAUCUACCCCGCGCCCCCGAAUCUCUACCCGCCAUGCCACGACUGGGUGCAGUACCCACAUCCAUAAGCCAAAACGUUUAGGUAUUUAUGAGGAGACAGAUUUUUUUCUACUUUAUGAAAUAUAGGUCACUUGACACAGUUGCGCGCCGCCGCCAUAUGCUUUCCGUGGAAGCGCACGUGCGUUUACUUAUCAAAGCGCAACACAAAAUAUUUAAAUAAACAAAUUCGGCAUCAAGAUCUCUUUCACGUUAGUUACAAAUCAACUCGAUUUUAUAAUUGUUCUCGAAACUCGUAAUUCUAACUGCAUAGGUAUGCGUAAUGAUGAUGUUAUAUCAAGAUAUUCCUUUGAUUCCAAAGUUAAUUAAACUUUUAAUAGGUUCCUAGUCUAAGUUAAUUUUUAAUUAAGCUUUUAUUAUUCAUAUUGAGUAAGUAAGUUAUAAUUUGUGAUUAAAUUGUGUACACUGAAAGUUGUUUAGUUGUAAGUAGAUUGAUAGAUAUGUCAGGAAGAUUUACUACGGAGCUUGCGGUCUCGCGUAAAAAUAUUCAUGAAACGCGGAUCCAUGUGUUACCUAUGAGGAUCUUGUGACUUCACUAUACUUAAUACGUUGGUUUUGCUAGCUGUCUAACUUUAUUGUGUAUAGAGACCUAAAAGGGACAUACCAUAAACAUUAAUUACCUAAUAAAGCGAAUUAAGUAGGUACCCACGACAUGUUAAUUCGCUUGUCACAAAAUGUUAAAUACUUUAGCUGUAGUUAGCUGCAUUGAAUCUGCAUUCUCAAAAUAGUUUUAUUUAAGUUUAUUUAAGAUUAUUAUUGUUAAAACUUAAUCAGAACCAAUAAAACAAAUGUUU